GUGGAAAGCGUGGUGAUCCCUUAUGGCAGCAUCAUCUUUGCCUGUUUUCAGGUAUUGCCAUCCCCGUCAUCGGUGGUCUCGAUCUCUUUGGGUGGAACUUCGUCUUUGAGUGGAUCCUCGGUGUUCAAGCAAAAGGCAAAAUCCGCCCCGUGUUCACCGGCUUCCAAUGCCAUUAUUACGAAGAGGCCGAGAUCUCCGGGUUCCCUGUCUCCACUUCCAAGGUUAUGUCAUCUCGACACGACAAACCCUCCCAUGCCUUCUCAAGAGGUCUUGGAAUUCGGGGGUGAUGCCAAUCGAUCGAAAAAACGUCAACGACAACAAACUUCCGAACACUCCAUACCAAACAACUCCAUGUCGGUGAAAAUAUCCUCUCCACCCCGAGAAUUGCUCGCAUAUCGUGAAUACUCGCAAUAUCAAUUCCAGUCGCCACCACAACCCAAGGAACAACAUACCAUACCCGAUUUAACUCAACAGCAACACGCAUACUAUGCAUCUCACGGCUCGCAGCAACCGUCAUCGACUCACUUCAUGCCAAACUAUUCACAAGGUAAUAAUAAUAAUCAUAACCAGAAUCAGCGCAAUUCUGCAUCGUUGCCGCCACUGUCGUCACAACCACCCUCCUCAUCACAAGCUGACCCUAUCCAACCUCAGGUGUUCACACAAUUUGCCCCACAACAACGUAGAAAUCCUAAUGUGGUCCAUGGCAAGAAAUGCGAGAGCUGCCACACCAGCUCCAGUCCCGAGUGGAGAAGGGGGCCAACCGGUCACAAGACUCUCUGCAACGCAUGCGGGUUAAGAUAUUCGCGUACGAUUGCGCGUGAAAAUCGUAAACGCGAACAAGCUCAGCGUGAACAAGAACAACGUUUUCGCGAGCAACGAGAACGCGAAGAGCGCGCUCGAGAAAAAGCUGAGGCCAUGAUGAUGCAGAGGACCAUCGAACCCUUUGGUCAGUACAGGCCCAGUAACAAUGCAGACUCACCACCUUCAAGAUACGCGACAUCUCCGAUGCAGAUAAAGAUGGAACAUCCGCAUCCGAUGCAUCCCUCACCGACUUCCAUCGGUGACAGAGGAUUUUCCCUUCAGUGCUCAUCACAACAGAUAUAUUAUGAUAGAUCGAACGUGGGAGGUUCGAGUUUUCAAGGCGGAAAUCGUGGUGAUAGCAUCAGCGAAUCAAAUGGUCACCCAGGACAUGAGGGUGAAAGAUACUCAAUGAACACGAUGAACAUGCCCCCCAAAGCUUAUUACGGACGUGCUCAGUAG